CGCUACUAAACGCAGACAGGGUCAACUGUGAACAUCUAGCCGGAGACAUGGGUUCACGAUUACAAGAGCUUUUUGUCGCACUUUUCCUAUUGGGAAUGAUUUCAUCCUCUCUUCAAGUUCCUUUAUGUACGAAAGUUCCUCUUACUUCUCAAAAGAUCCUUAAUCGUCUACGCCGAAAUUUCAUGUUCGUCGAGAAACCUUUAUCUUCACCGCAACCAUCUAUUGGAAUUACAAGGCGGAGAAUUCGUGACGUCAACGGGCGGUUGCCAGGCACCUCAAAGUGCCCCUGGAGCUGGGCACUCGAUGACAACCCAAAUCGUUACCCUCGAUUCCUGACCAAGGCAGUGUGUCCUAAUUGUAAGCACUUUUGCCGCGCAGUGCGAUACUCUCAUAGGGACCUGGUGCAGAAAUGUGAUGUCAGAACAGGGGAAGUCGUUUGGAAAUGGACUGUAGUUGAACUUCCGGUAGCAUUCUUGUUUGAUCCCUGA